UGAUUCAAGCGUCACCUAGUUUUGUUUCAUUGAUAUGUGAACGCAACUUCGAGCGUUUCAAAAUGUGCCUUUGCCCAGAGGAAUUUGCAUUCCGUCGCCUGAAAUUGAGCCAUCCUUAUGCCAGUGCGUUUGCGACAUCGCCGUGGCUACCCCUUCCCUUGUUCCUCAUUUACCGCCUCAUUGCAGCCUUCUAUUUUCUGUCAUGGUUAAUCUACAGUGGCUUCAACGAUGGUAACUACUGGUUUAUUUUCCUCAGUAACUGGGUCCUCACCUUUGUAACCGCUCACUUUCUACUAGCCAUGUUCAUCACUACUCACUACUGCUGCGGAUCUGGAGUCGAAGACGACCCGGCGGGCUACGGACCUCGUCGUUUCAAGUCGGAAACCUACAUCGUGGGACUGUCCUCCGAAGAUGAGAACGACACCGAAGACGAAGGGACAUCCUAUGCCACUAAAGAAGACGACGAAGACGCGCUAAGCUGGCCACAGAAGUUAUUGUGGUUAUCUUUCAACAUAGGAAGUGUAACUUCGCUGGUAAUCACCAUUCUCUAUUGGUCAGUGCUGUAUCCUGUAAAAGGUGGAGCAAUCGAUGGUUUGAAUAUAAAUGAACAUAUUUUAGCUGCCGUUUUUAUGCUGGUAGAAGUCAUAUUCAGUAAUAUUCCAAUCCGUCUCUUGCAUUUUUUGUAUCCCCAUGCGUUCUCUUCGAUCUACGUGCUUUUUAGCGUGAUUUACUGGGGCGCUGGAGGCAAGAAUAAGGAAGGCCUGAAUUACAUUUACAAGAUCAUUGAUUACGAAAAAGAACCACACCAUGCCAUUUUUGUGGUGUUCUUUUUGUUGAUCGUAAUGCAAACAUUAGUGCAUCUGUUCCACUUUAUGUUGUUCAGAGUUAGGGCGUGGCUCAUAUCUAAAUUCCAGUGAAGCCCAGUGAACUCUAGUUAGCAAUGAACGUUAAGAGGGCUUGCAAAACGUUAAGAAUGCAGUUAAGCUUAGUGAGAUGCAAAGUCUACCAGAAAUAUUUAGUUGCUGAAAUUUCAGCCACUUUCGAACGAAGAACUUUUUAAAUAGUUGAGUCCCGUACCCAAAGAAAAUGAAUUUAUAGAUUUUGCUGAAAGACCUAAAAGUGGGACGAUGGGGUAUCCUGUUUACUAAAGAGUUUUCUAGUAGAUUAAGGGAACCAUUUGUUCAUUUGUUUUUUGGCCAACGUUGUCAACAUUUUUUUAUCGCCUUAUUCAGUUCUUAAAAUAAAUAGUCGAUUACGUACCCAUUUUAACCCUAGUGAGAAUUUUUGUAGCAUUUAUUCACUUAAAUAUGAUGCUCGCAGUUUGAUGAACAUUGUGCUAUAGGAAGGGUCUUAGCCAGCUGCUGUGUUCUUGCCUUUUCGAGAGAUUUUAAGUGACGAGUUAGAUGGUUAAAAAAUGACCUCGAUACAUGUGGGUUUUUAAGGAAAGUCGAAAUUGUCCAUUGGGAUACGGAUGACCCUAAAAGCAUGUAUACGAGUCGAUACUAAAAUUGUAUUCGCAUUAGCCAGUUUUCCUUGUUUACGGCCUAACGCCUCAUUUUUAAUAAACAAGAUUACCAUUAAAAAUGUAAAAUAU